AUGGCCGCUCCAACAGCAGAAGAAAGUGAAGUGCGAAGUCAGGUAAUCGCCAAAGUGACGAAUGUAAUUAAAUCUCUCUGGCCGCAUGCCACUGUCGACAUUUUCGGUAGUUACCGUACAAACUUGUAUCUCCCUUCUUGUGAUAUUGACCUCGUGGUUUUUGGAAAAUGGCCGACGAAACCACUUUUUACUUUGAAAGAUGCAUUGGUAGCAAAGAAUGUCACCACAGAAGAAAAUGCCAGAGUUAUUGAUAAAGCAACAGUUCCCAUUAUCAAAAUAAUAGAUACCAGCUCCAACAUUAAAGUUGACAUUGCCUUCAAUACAGCCAAUGGAUUGAACAGUGCUGAUCAGAUUUCAAAAUUUGUAUCAACUUACCCUUCAGCCAAGCCAUUAAUUUUACUCAUGAAACACUAUUUGGCGCAACGAGAUUUGAAUGAAGUAUACAGUGGUGGGGUCAGCUCGUAUGGACUGAUGUUGAUGAUUAUCAGCUUUCUACAGUUGCAUGCCAGAGGUGAUGGCCUAGUGAAGGAUGCAAAUUUAGGUGUUCUUCUCUUAGAGUUUCUAGAACAUUAUGGUUGCCAUGUAAAUUAUCACAAAGUGGGCAUUGAGUUUUUGAAGGCCGAUAAUUCUGACGACAUACCGCAAAGUCAAUAUUUUCGAAGGCCUGAGCAAACAGCUUACAAUACUUUUAGCCUUCCUAUUAUGGAUCCUUGUUCACCUGAAAACGACAUUAUGAGGGGCUCCUUCAACCUCUUCUCUGUUCAGAUGGCAUUCAAACAUUCCUUCAAAGUUCUAACCAAUGAAAUCUACAUUGGGAAUGUUUACGAUGACGAGGAUGAAGAUGGUAAUCGUUCCAAUGAAGAUGAACAAAGUAACAAUGGUAAAUCAACAAAACACAAACUUGUUAAGAAUAAAACUACUUCAGAUGAUUUUUAUUUGUUAUCAAAAAUUAUGGAUAUUCGUUGCCGAUAA